AUCUGUUCAAGAAAACUGUUUGUUUUAAGGGUUUUUAUUUAAGGACCAUCUGAGGAAUAUAAUUUAUUUUACUUAAUCACUUGAAUUUCUGGCUUUCACCACGGUUUUUGAAAAAUAUAAGUAUAAAGUUUUUUCUUUCUUUUACAUUUAAAUUUGUAAAAAUGUGGACUUUUUUGGGAAUAGCCAGCUUUACUUACCUUUAUAAGAAGUCUGAUUCCGUUUGGAACCUGGUCCACACUGAGCUGCUGCUGACCGUUGUCCUCUUCCUCACUGCUGGACUCUUACUCUCCAACAUUAGCUGUUUUCAGCAACAUAAAUUGAGAUUGAGUCAGAUUUUUAAUCUGAGUCUCAGUCUUCUUUCAUCUCUGCCCAUCAUCAAACAUUUAAUCCCAAACAGGUCAGCGCAGAGUCCAGACAGCAGCUGCAGGAAGAACCAGCGAAUUAGAAAAAGAGCAGUGGCAGAGAUUUCUGACACAGAAAGUUCCUCAAGCUGUGGAUCUACAGACAUCUCAGAACCUGAUGUGGUGAUAGUCGGAGCGGGGGUCCUGGGCUCAGCGAUGGCAGCUGUUCUGGCUCGAGAUGGGAGGAAGGUGACGGUGGUGGAGAGAGACCUGAAGGAGCCGGACAGGAUAGUUGGAGAGCUGCUGCAGCCUGGAGGAUACAAGGCCCUGAAGGAGCUCGGCUUAGGAGGGACAGUGGAGGGUCUGGAUGCCCAUCUGGUGAAGGGCUACGUCAUCCAUGACAUUGGCAGCAGAACAGAGGUGGAGAUCCCUUACCCACAGCAGGAAGAGAACGUCCAGUGUGGAUGGGCUUUCCAUCACGGUCGAUUCAUCAUGGGCCUGAGGAGGGCAGCCCUUGCUGACCCGAAUGUCACAUUCGUAGAAGGCACCGUCACCAGUUUGCUGGAGGAGGACGGCUGCGUGACAGGAGUCCAGUACAGGGACAAAGAAACUGAAGACACUAAGGAAAUCCACGCAGCACUGACUGUGGUGGCUGAUGGCUGUUUCUCCAAAUUCAGAAAGACCCUGGUGUCUGGAAAAGCUCACACCUCCUCUCACUUUGUCGGCUGUCUGAUGAAGGAGUGUCCUCAGUUUAAAACCAACCACGCCGAGCUGGUUCUGGCCAACCCCAGCCCAAUUCUCAUCUACCAGAUCUCCUCCUCGGAGACCAGAGUGCUGGUGGACAUCAGAGGAGAGAUGCCCCGUAACCUAACAGAGUACAUGACAGAGAAGAUACACCCACAGCUGCCAGAACACUUGAAGGAACCUUUCAUGGGGGCGCUGCAGAAUGAUCGGCUCAGAUCCAUGCCUGCCAGCUUCCUUCCCCCGUCUCCUGUCAACAAAGCAGGUGUUCUGCUCCUGGGCGACGCCUACAACAUGAGGCAUCCUCUGACGGGAGGAGGGAUGAGUGUGGCUCUCAACGACGUUCGAAUCUGGAGGACUCUGCUGAAGAACAUCUCAGACCUGUACGAUGACAACGCCAUGCUGCAGGCAAAGAAAAAAUUCCACUGGGAACGGAAAUCCUCCCAUUCCUUCGUGGUGAAUGUUUUGGCCCAGGCUCUGUAUGAGCUGUUUGCAGCCACUGAUGAGUCUCUUCAUGAGCUGAGGAAAGCCUGUUUCCAGUACUUUAAACUAGGGGGAGAGUGCAUCGCUGGACCGAUCGGACUCCUCUCAGUACUGACACCCAAACCCAUGACACUCAUCGGACACUUCUUUGCCGUGGCACUGUACGCCACCUACGUUAACUUUAAGCGUGAGUCUUGGAUCACCAAACCUCGGGCUUUGGUGAAGAGUGGGGCCAUCCUGUACCGAGCCUGCACAGUCCUGUUCCCACUCAUCUACUCUGAACUCAAGUACCUGGUGUACUGAAGAACACACGUCUCAAUUCCACACCUUUAUUGGCUACAUACGUGUGUUGUAUUUGCCUUCCUGCUGUUAAAGGCUCUGCUGCCAUGUCAAAUUAUAAUUAGUUGGUACUAAGGAUUUUUCUACUGUGUGACACCAUCUACCUAUGAAAGCUGUUUUAAUACAGGGAUGUUCCACAUUUGAUGCACUUAUCACAGAAUUUUAUAGGAAGCAAACGAAAGAUUUGAUCCUUGUUUUGCUGACCUGAAGGCCUUCAGCACUUUUCUUUGACAUUUUUACGUUUGCCUUUUUUUAAGAAGGUGCUCCGCAUAUUCUGCGAUAGCAAAUAGUUUGUCACUUUAGUUUGAGCUGUCGGUGUGAAACAUGCCAACGCUGCAGCUCUAAUCACAGAAUCCCACAAUGAUCCUUGUGUCACCGUGGUCCUGCUGGUGUCAGCACGUCGCCUGUAGCAGCUGUGAGUUUGACGUUGACUCCAGUCUGAUGGAAUAAAACUUAGGUCAGCAGAUGAUGCUGCGUUUCUUCACCUCAGCUGACAUCUUCAUGUGUGUUCCUGUUGUGGGCUUGAUUUGGCCAUUAUAUAUUAAUUCAAUAAAUGACACUAAUUCAUUGUCUCUGGAUUAGUAAGUAACAAGGGCAAUCAAAUAAAAAUGAACUGUUGUUAUAAAAUAUAGUUAUAUCUUUACUUUACCACUAGAUGGAAGUCUCUCACUGUCGGAACAGGUUUUCCAAGGCCGUCUUUCUGUUGCUUUUUUAUGUAAAAGAGAAAAUUGGUAAAGUAUAAAAAUUACCCGGGGGGAUUCGAUCAUUUACAUAACAAUUUGAUCAAAUGUUUCAGAUAUUAGAUUCUGCUAGGCUAAAAAUAUUUUUCAACCAACUUUUUUAGUUAAGAGUUAUCAGGCCAACUCUCUUUUCUUUUGGCUAUUUUUUUUGUUUUUGCUUUUUCUAGAAAUGUAAUUUUUCAAAGACAACUUUUAUUCAAUUGCAAAAACAGUCUAGUGUUACUGUUAGCUAUUUUGAUUGGUAUUGGCUAGUUUUAAUAGAUCUUUUGGCAAACCUUUAGCCAAUCCCCAAUAUCUUUAGCUUCAAAUCUCUGGCCAAAGAAAUGUGUCUAACUUUGGCUGCUGUGUACCUACUUUUUUUCCUAUGUAUAUUGUUUUACAUAUUCUGAACUGACAUUAAAAAUUUUUUUCGAUAAAA